UAUAGCUGGAAAUGUGUGCCUCGGGACAGACAAGGGAGAUAUUUUCUCGAAUUCCCGAAAACCCACACAUGGGAUCCUUUGAUAACAGGGACUGUGCAAAAAUGCUUCGCGGAAGUCUGUCAAAGGCGAAUUAAAGACAUGGUAAGCAACGUGAGGACUAGUGGAGAGCGACCUAACUGGAUUGAAAAAACUCUCUGGAAAACAAUGACUGAUUACUGGGAUACUGACGAAGCACAGCAAAGGAGUCAGACCUAUUCCAAUGCCCGUAUGUCUGACCGUAAAGGUCUCGGUCCUCAUGUCCACUUCUCAGGCCCGAAGUCAUAUCAACAAAUCCAAGAUGAAAUGGAAGAAAAACUGGGAAGAAAGGUCAGUCUAGGUGAGGUUUUCAUCAAGACACAUACAAAACCUGACGGUACGUAUGUUGAUCAGAAAGCAGAGAAUACUGUACAAACAUAUGAGAAGAAUGUGCAAGAUAGAUUGUCUGAGCUGGAGGCAUCACCUUUUGCUGUUUCUGAUGGAGCUUCACGACCACGAGAGCUCACAACAGAAGAAUAUACAGAAAUCUUCCUUGAGUCCACUGACAGAGAUUCACGAGGAAUACCUUAUGGAAUUGAAAGCCUCAAGGACAGUAUUCUGGUCAAUGGCAAGCAGAAGCAACCAGAAGAGCAGGCUGCAAAUGCUGAGAGGCGUGAAGCUGAGGCUCCUGCGCAUGAAGCUGAGGCAGCCCGAGCUAUAGCUGAGCAAGCCAAAGCUGUAGCUGAGCAAGCCCGAGCUGUGGCUGAGCAGCAGGACAAGCUCGAACCCUUGACAAUGUUACAAACGUAUCUACGAGGAAAGGAUCAGGAGUACAUUUCUUUCCUCGCAAAUAAUUUAGCUAAAGCGCCAGCAACAGAAACUCUUGCAACAUCUCUUCCUCAACAGAAUCCAACUUCAAAUCCAUCUCCACCUGCUUCAUAA